GCAAGCUGGCUGUGGCAAGCCCGAACUACGGCGACGGUAACUGCCUCCGACUCGCUCAGUGCUGUCAUCACACACACACUCUCUCACACACACACACUCAAGGGGUAGGCAUCAGAGCUCCACAGCAGGUGGACGUCAUCCCAUUUGUUUAAUAUACGUCAAACACCGCCAUUAUGUUGUGGACGGCGAGCCAAGUCUUACGGAAAUUCUCCACCUCGUCCCAUUAUUACCAGAAUAAGCUUAAACUAGCCAUAAUUGGUCAGAGUGUGUUUGGUCAAGAGGUGUACAUCAACCUGAGGAAGCAGGGUCACAAGGUCGUGGGGGUUUUCACUGUUCCUGACAAAGAUGGCAAGGCAGACCCUUUGGCGACAGCAGCAGAGAAGGAUGGGACACCGGUGUUCAAGUUUCCAAGGUGGCGGGUCAAAGGGAAGCCCAUCCCAGAUGUGGUGGAGGCGUAUAAGUCCGUGGGAGCAGAGCUCAACGUCAUGCCCUUCUGUUCCCAGUUCAUCCCCAUGAAUGUCAUCGACCAUCCGGAGCAUGGCUCUAUCAUCUAUCAUCCCUCCAUUCUGCCUCUGCACAGAGGAGCUUCUGCUAUCAACUGGACCCUGAUCCAUGGUGACAGAAGAGCUGGUUUCACAGUGUUCUGGGCCGAUGAUGGGCUGGACACUGGUCCCAUUCUGCUCCAGAGAGAAUGUUCCGUUGAGCCCAAUGACACAGUGGACACACUAUAUAACCGCUUCCUCUUCCCAGAGGGCAUCAAAGCCAUGGUGGAGUCGGUACAGCUCAUCGCUGAUGGGAAAGCUCCACGAAUUCCUCAGACAAAGGAAGGAGCGAGCUACGAGGGGAUCCAGAGGAAGUCCAAUGCUAAGGUUCACUUGGUCCAGCCAGCUGAGGCCAUCCACAACUGGAUCCGGGGCCACGACAAAGUCCCUGGAGCUUGGACUGUCCUGGACGGCCAGGCUGUGACUCUUUAUGGCUCGUCCAUGGUGGAUGGUCCAGUUCCAGCCGGACAGCCCGUGGACAUCGAGGGUGCUUCUCAGCCUGGUCUCAUCACAAAGAGUGGGCUGGUGCUGUUUGGGACUGAUGGGAAAGCUCUCCAGGUGAAGAAUCUGCAGUUUGAAGAUGGAAAAAUGAUCCCUGCGUCUAAAUACUUCUCCUCUGGAGAAAGCUCCAGCGUGCAGCUCACUGAUGAUGAGAAGAAGAUGGCUGAGGAAAUAAGGAAUGUCUGGAAGGGCAUCCUCAGUAAUGUAGCAGCCAUUGAGGACACCACUGACUUCUUUAAGUCUGGAGCUGCUUCCAUGGAUGUUGUUAGGUUAGUGGAGGAGGUCAAGCAGCGGUGUGCUGGGGUCCAGCUGCAGAACGAGGACGUGUACAUGGCCACCACCUUCCAGGACUUCAUCCAGAUGUUUGUUCGUAAGCUGAGAGGAGAGGAGGAGGAGGAGCUGGUCAUCAGCUAUGUCACCAAAGAAAUAAACAACAUGACAGUGAAGAUGCCCUAUCAGUGUUUUAUUAAUGGCAGGUUUGAGGAUGCAGGAGACGGCAAGAGCUACGAUACCAUCAACCCUACGGACGGAUCUGCGAUCUGCAAGGUGUCCUACGCCUCGGUGGAAGAUGUGGACCGAGCCGUGGCUGCUGCCAAAGAGUCUUUUGAAAAUGGACCAUGGGGCAAGAUGAACCCCAGAGAUAGAGGAAGUCUGCUGUACAAGCUAGCAGACCUUAUGGAGGAACACCAGGAGGAGUUGGCAACCAUCGAGAGCAUCGACUCUGGAGCUGUGUACACAUUGGCCCUGAAGACACACGUAGGCAUGUCCAUCCAGACUUUCCGCUACUUUGCAGGCUGGUGUGACAAAAUCCAGGGCAAGACCAUCCCUAUCAAUCAAGCCAGGCCCAACCGCAACCUGACCUUCACCAGGAAAGAACCUUUAGGAGUUUGUGCUAUAGUUAUCCCCUGGAACUACCCUCUCAUGAUGCUGGCCUGGAAGAGCGCUGCCUGUCUUGCAGCUGGAAACACGCUAGUUCUAAAACCUGCACAGGUGACCCCGUUGACUGCAUUGAAAUUCGCUGAGCUUUCUGUGAAAGCUGGCAUCCCUAAAGGAGUCAUCAAUAUUUUACCUGGCUCAGGUGGCAUGGUAGGACAACGUUUGUCUGACCACCCAGACAUUCGCAAGCUAGGCUUCACCGGCUCUACGCCGAUCGGCAAGCAGAUCAUGAAGAGCUGUGCUAUCAGUAACCUGAAGAAGGUUUCCCUGGAGCUAGGAGGAAAGUCACCUCUCAUCAUCUUCAGUGACUGUGACAUGGACAAGGCUGUCCGUAUGGGCAUGAGUUCUGUGUUCUUCAACAAGGGUGAGAACUGCAUCGCUGCAGGGCGUCUGUUUGUGGAGGAGUCGAUACACGAUGAGUUCAUCAGUCGAGUGGUGGAGGAGAUUAAGAAAAUGAAGAUUGGAGACCCUCUGGAUCGCUCCACGGACCACGGCCCCCAGAAUCACAAAGCCCACCUGGACAAACUGCUGGAGUACUGUGAGGCGGGGGUGAAGGAGGGAGCCAUGUUGGUGUAUGGAGGUCGACAGGUGGACAGGCCAGGCUUCUUCAUGGAGCCAACAGUGUUCACCGAUGUGGAGGACCACAUGUUCAUUGCUAAAGAGGAGUCCUUCGGUCCGGUCAUGGUGGUGUCUAAAUUCAAAACUGGUGAUGUGGAUGGUGUGCUUCAGAGAGCCAACGACACCGAGUAUGGCCUUGCCUCGGGGGUUUUCACACGUGACAUCAACAAGGCCAUGUAUGUGAGUGAACGGCUGGAGGCAGGAACUGUGUUCGUUAACACGUACAACAAGACGGACGUGGCAUCACCAUUUGGAGGCUUCAAACAGUCGGGAUUCGGCAAAGACCUGGGGGAGGACGCCCUCCUGGAAUACCUCAAGACCAAAGCAGUGACUAUUGAGUACUGAUGCCCUGACUCUUCUAGCUCCGCUAAGACACAUCUGUUUAUGAAGAAACUCAGACAUCCAGCAUCAGUGUCUACCUGAACAGUGUCAGCGGGAACUGUAGGAACAGCUCCAGGGUUUGGGUGCUUUGACACACAACUUGGGGCAGGUGUUUGCCUCGUAUCUUAACCCUUUGAUGCAUAAUGGUCACUACAGUGGACAGGUACUCAAAAUUAUUUGUUUUUGCUAUUAAGCACAGCUGUUGAAGACUUUAUUGCAUGUGAGCCCCUCCAUUUGGACUUCAGUAAGUCAAGCCAACAUAUUUCAUGUUCAGAAUGCACGCUGUCCACUGAGAUGGACAUGUAAUAAAUUAUUUGUAAAUUAACAAAAUGUUACAAAAAAUAUUUGUUGAAAUUUGUUUCAUUCACACCUAAAGAUGAAUGAAAAUUAAAAAAAAAAAUCAUGGUUGAAGAUUUCAUAAUUCAUGCAUCAGAGGGUUAAACAAGGUUAACAUGUUCUUUCUUACACAUCUGGAGGUCUCAUGGAACAUUUCACUUCUCUA